AUGGCCAAGGUGCCUCGUAGUUUCAGACUCUUGUCAGAGCUGGAACAUGGUGAAAAAGGUAUAGGAGAUGGUUCAUGUUCCUAUGGUCUCAAAGACGGCGAUGACUUGGCUAUGUACGAAUGGAACGGUACUAUUCUAGGUCCCCCUCAUUCCUCAUACGAAAAUCGGAUCUUCUCUUUAUCCAUUUACUGUGGAGAUAAGUACCCAGACUUGCCACCGUUGGUCAAGUUCGAGUCGAAAGUCAACUUACCAUGUGUAGACCAGCAAAAUGGGUUGGUCGACCUUUCUCGUAUCCCGUCGUUGGCAAAUUGGAAACGAGAUUUUACUCUCGAAACUAUUCUUGUGGAGUUGAGAAGGGAUAUGGCUUCCCCUGUCAAUCGUAAGAACCCUCAACCGCUUGAAGGUGCCGAAUAUCCCCCUGCAGACCUCCAAACGCUGGCCAAGAACCGUAAGGUCUGA